GAUGCCUGGCUGAUAGCAUGCGGGCAUGCUGCCGCAGCACAAAAUAAAAAUAAACUCGCGGAUCAAAAUCGAUACUUUUUUCGCGCAGCGUUUUUCUGAAAAGUUUUACUCGCAUUAACUUAAUACCCUCCGAACUGUUCGAAAUCGAACUAAUUGAUUAUGUGUUUUUGGAAAAUUUGCCGCCAGCUAUUGCGUGACAAGGUAGUGUCUCACGGCUCGGAAGAACCCCCAACUGCAUAGAGUAGUCCCUAAUUGACCGGCCACCACUUGCGUUAAGAGCCAAACAGGAACGUUCGAGCGAAGAUCUAACAGCCAGUCCAGGCAGGAUUGGCUCUCGCAUCUCAACUGAGCUCAACUCAACUCAGUAACGAGCGGCGUGUUUGCGUGAAAACAUCAUCCCGUGGUGAUCCUCUUCUCCCUCUUCAAUCUUCAAUCUGUGCCAUCUAUCCGAACGACCAACACACCACCAAUUGAUACGAUGAAUGAGAAGCAGUCCGUGUCAGUUCCACUAGAAGUGGCGGCGAUAAAUCUACCACCAGUAGAGUGGAUUCAUCCCCUCGAGACGAACGCCCGUUUCCGGUAAAAAUCCACAACUAGCUACGACAUACAAGAAAAAAAACGUAUCAUCCCUAUUACAUAGAUAGUUUGAUAGAGACACUUUAAGCUGAAAGUUUCUCCGUUGAUUUGAUUGAAGAAAAAAAGUAGAAUCAGCAAACCAAACUGCACCACGCUCGAGUUGGUUGUUGUCAUAGUCGUCGUCAGUUGUUAUUCAAGAGAAUAUUUCGAUAUCAACCCAUCAAGCUGCUGAUAAGAUACACCAAAAGCAACAGCAGAGAGUGGCUUAGUGGCUUAUUUUCAGUUUUGAUUCGGUUCGGGUUCGGGUUAGAUAAUCUUAAGUACAUAGAAGGAAGCGCGGUGGCGGCGUAAACCGUUUCGCGUACGUCACUCGCUCGCUGGUCAGUUUAGUUGGGUGUUAGAAUUUGACUGCGAUCCCAUUCCAAAUGAGACCGGACAACAACAUCAACAGUCGAGCAGGACGCGGCAGCGUUUUCCGGACGCUGUACGGCGGAGGUGCCGUCCAUAGGGACCUUUUCGGACCGCGGAUCGUGAACAACAGCAAAGACAGCAUCGACUUCAUCCAACGGCUGGAUCUCUGGAAAUCGCUGAAGGUACACAAGGGUUGCGUCAAUACGGUAUUCUGGAGCGAUGACGGCCAGCUGCUGCUUUCCGGGUCGGACGAUCAACACAUCGUUAUCAGUAGUCCGUUCACCGGAGAGACGCUGUUCCAGCAUAAGACAACCCACCGGGCGAACAUUUUCAGUGCACGCUUCCUGCCGCACAGCAACAACCGGGAGAUCGUAUCCUGUUCCGGUGAUGGGAUCGUGCUGUACACGGAGCUCAAGGAUGUAGCCCUGCAACCCGCGGAAGCACACGAGCGCAACAUGAACUACUUCAACUGUCACAGCAACGGGACGACCUACGAAGUGAUGACGGUUCCCACGGAGCCGAAAUCGUUCAUGAGCUGCGGCGAAGAUGGAACGGUCCGGCUGUACGAUCUGCGCAAGAUGACACGGUGCCUGAAGACCUGCUGUAAGGACAACAUCCUGAUCUUGAGCCCGUCUGCGGUUACGGCCAUGACGUUGGCACCGGCCACUAUGAACUACAUCGCGGUGGGAAGUUCCGACAGCCACGUGAGGAUUUACGAUAGGAGAUUUUUGAAGCUGGUAGACUGUAGCGUGCCGGGAUCACCGAACGAUCGCCACACGGUGCCGGUGAAGAUGUUUACCAAUCCCUCGAUGGAGAAGCGAUCGUUCCGGGUGACCUCGAUCGCCUACAGCCGGGAUGAAAGUGAACUGUUGGUCAACUACUCAUCCGACCAUCUGUACCUGUUCGACGUCACCAAGGCCGGUAUCGAGGUGGAGGCGGCCCAGGCUUCGAGCUGCUCCGAGAAGGGCAAACGGGGUUCCAAGACGCAGCACAGUAUUGACAGUCCGCCACCGGUGCGUCGGUUGCGUUUGCGUGGCGAUUGGUCCGAUACGGGACCAGACGCGCGACCGGCCCGCGAGAUGGCCUCGCGGGUUAUCGGGGCCGGCCAGGCUCGGCCACAACUGCAGGCUACGAUCAUGCAUCGUAUGACCGAGGUUCUGUCGCGAAUGUUGGCCGACCCCCGGACGCGCAUUGGCUUGACCCACACAAACGAACUGACGAACGAUAGCGACCUGGCGAAUGUAGUCGAUGAUUUUCGAACGUUUGCCAGCAAUACUACUGGUCCGGCGGCUGCGGCGGCGUCGGAAGAACCCCAAUCGACGGGCAGACAGGAGGAACCACAACCUUCCACCAGUGGGACGACCCCGCGAAAGACAACAGCGACAACACGACGACGACUCAGCAGUGAAGAUGAAGAUGAUGACGAUGAAGAUGACGACGAAGACGAUAGCGUCGAAUGCAGAAACGAAACCAAGAAAGCAACUACAAACCAAAGAAAUAAGUCUGAAAGUAGCGAACAAACCGCCUAUGAGGCGGCGCUCAAAGAUCUCGAAGCAAAAAUUACCAACUACGAUUACGUAUUGAAAAAAUUCGUUGGUCAUCGCAAUGCACGAACGAUGAUCAAGGAGGCAACCUUCUGGGGCAACGAUUACAUCAUGUCCGGGUCGGAUUGUGGACACGUUUUCACCUGGGAACGGGCCACCGGUCGGCUGGUGAUGCUGAUGGAGGCCGACCAGCAUGUCGUCAACUGUGUCCAGCCGCAUCCAACCCUGCCGAUUCUGGCCACCUCGGGCAUCGAUUACGACAUCAAAAUCUGGUCCCCGAUGGACGAAGAAAAAACCCGCUUCGAUAGGGAGGCUGCAAAUGAUCUCAUGGAAAGGAACGCCGUUAUGCUAGAGGAAACCAAAGACACGAUCACCGUCCCAGCGUCGUUUAUGAUCCGGAUGUUGGCGUGCAUACACUCGCUGCGCAACCGGAGGGGUGGUGCUGGUGGAGCCGACGGAAGCGAGGCCGAGGGACCAGCUGCGCCACCUCCACCUCCGCCGCCUCCGGAACCAAACGACGAGGACGGUCCGGGAUCGGCGGCACCAAACGACAACAGCUCGGAACAUUACCUCUGAAGGUAACAGGCAGUUGAGGUAAAUAAAUAAGAAAGUUAAUCUUCCUAACUGUGAUGGUUCCGAUUGUUGAAUAUCUAAUUGAUGUGCUCCUCAAUUCUAAUAACCCAAUCCCCGGAUUGAUUUCAUAUCCACUAAAGAGAUAUGCAUUAACAAAAAAAAAAAAAAAAACAAAAGCAAGCAAGUUGUGAUUUUUCGUUAAAUAAUAAAUAAUGACCACUAUUAUCUAAAAUCAUAA